AGAGUUUUUCAAUAGCUCAUUUGGUACAAUUUUACUAUGCUAGAUGGGAAAACUAUUUUUUACCAAACUUAUGAGUUAAUGAUAAAUUUCUGUUAUCUCUAAUAGCAAAAUACUAAACUACAAAACAGAAUUUUUUUUCUUUUGAAUAAAUAAAGUUUUAGUGAAGAUGGCAACUGAGCGCAGCCUGACAGAGCUGCUGCAGGCGGCACAGCAGAUGACCACCAAAACAGACACAAGUCUUCCUCUGAGCAGCCUCCAGACCCGCUCCGAUGGCUCCAAGCCUUACACCUCCAUGGAGGUGGUCAGGGACGACCUCCCGCGAGUAGACCGCUCGCUGGCUCAGCUGGUCAAGGUUGGUGAGGCGCUGUGGCCUGGACGGGGGAGCCGUGGUGACACCACUACACUACCAGCAGACCAGGAGGCACACGCGUCUAUCUUGCUGGGGUCGCGAGGGUUGGACCUGCCUCACAUGACUUGCCGCCUCACAGCCCUCACCGCGUCCCCUCACACGGCCUCCCCUCACACGGCCUACCCGGAGUCUGCCUCACCUGGUAUAGGCCUAUUGUUAUCCUCUGUUGGAUAUAUAAUGGAGGUUGCCACUCCCACGGGACUGUCCCACAAGGAGGGGGACACUGAGGGUGCUGGGGAAGAAGGUGCAGGCGACAUCCCCGCACUCGGGGCAGACGUCGCUGAGUAUGUGGUCGAGGAACUGGAGACCGCGGAGUUCCAGGUUAUUGAGGUGGAAAAUUAUGCCAUGUGCGAGCUUGCGACCACCAUAGACGCCCACGACGAGACAAGCGAGGAGGUGGAGUGUCGUGCGGCGCAACAGCGGCAGAGCGAGUGGGAGCUCAGCAAGCAGAGUCUGCUGCAGGCCUUCGUGCAGGACGGCGACCUGCUGUCCCUCAGCCUGCCUCUACAGGAGGCGCUGACGGUGUCAGAGGGCCGCCCCGCGGUCGGGGAGCCUGGAGAGACGGCAUGCGGAGGGCUGAGCAGCGACCAGCUCGCCUACACGCGCCCCCUCGUGGACCACAAUGAGCGCGCCCUGGAGCGCAGCUCUUCGUCAGGAGGGGCGGGGCUCGCUCAGGCCAUGUGCGACCUCGCCGUCACCGUCGACGCCCACGACCAGGUCGCCGCUACGGGUCCUUGUAUUGUUGCAGUCAUUUGCUGUAUUUCUGACGAUAAUUUGCUGUACAAGACGCACAUCAAGACGAUGGUGUACAACAACCUGGCGAGGGCGGGACUCAAGGGCGUGCCUGGUCUCGCAGCGCUGGUGAAGGCCUACAUCGCGGUGUUUGUGGGGGGUGAGGUCGCCCCCCUGCUGGAGGACGGGGUGGGGGGCAACGGCGCCCCCGUGUGGCCGCUACUGUACUACUGCGUCAGGGCGGGGGGGUUGAGGGAGGCCGCCAGCGCUGCUACUGAGAACAGCUGCCCUGCAGUGGUGGAGGUGGUGGCGUGUCUGCAGCAGGCGAGCAGGUCUGCAGACCAGCGCGUGUCUGCAGAGAACGAGAAGCGACUCAGGGUCUCGUACAGGAGGUCUGCACGGGCCAUCAGGGACCCGUACAAACGGGCCCUGUACUGCGUGCUUGCCCGUUGUGACGUCAUGGAGGACCACAGCGACGUCGCCACCACCACAGACGACUACCUCUGGCUCAAGCUGUGUAUGGUGGAGACAAGCAGUGAGGGGGAGCGGGUGCCCCCCACCCCCACUGUAGGAGGCGCAGGGGGGGCCAAGCAGGACGUCUUGACGCUGGCAGCGCUGCAGCGACUCAUGUACAAGCAGUACGGUACGUCACGUGCCCUCAUGCACACAUAUCCUUAUAUGUAUCCUUACACGUGCCCUCACACGUGCCCUUACAUGUGCCCUCACACGUAUCCUUACAUGUGCCCUCACACAUAUCCUUACACGUGCCCUCACACACCUGCCUGUACCAAAUGUUUAAGAUGUGGUCGAGGAACUGGAGACCGAGAGCGCAGCUCUUCGUCAGGAGGGGCGGGGCUCGCUCAGGCCAUGUGCGACCUCGCCGUCACCGUCGACGCCCACGACCAGGUCGCCGCUGCGGGCCCUUGGUGUGGUGGAGAUGUGGCAGGUGGUGGCAGCGAUGUGUGCAGCUGNACGAGGCGCAUUUUGGCGUCCAUCUUGCUGGGGUCGCGAGGGUUGGACCUGCCUCACAUGACUUGCCGCCUCACAGCCCUCACCGCGUCCCCUCACACGGCCUCCCCUCACACGGCCUACCCGGUGGAGACAAGCAGUGAGGGGGAGCGGGUGCCCCCCACUCCCACUGUAGGGGGCGCCGGGGGGGCCAAGCAGGACGUCUUGACGCUGGCAGCGCUGCAGCGACUCAUGUACAAGCAGUACGGGGAGACUCACUUCAACGCCUACGAGCAGCCUCUGCUCUACACCAACGUGCUGCUGCUGACGGCGCAGUUCGAGGCGGCCGUGGAGUUCCUACGUCGCAGUGACCGCCUCCUGCACCACGCAGUGCACGUCGCCGUCUGUUGCUACACCGCCGGUCUACUGCGUCUACCCGCGUCUACUGCUGCUCCACUGCUGUCGCGCGAGACGGAGGAGUCUGAUGUGCUCUUCCUGAACCUGCCGCGUGUGGUGCUGCUCUACACAAGACGCUUCGAGACCUCCCACCCCCGGGAGGCCCUGCACUACUUCUACCUCCUCAGAGGCCUCAAGACCCCCCGUGGAGAGGACGUGAUGCUGCAGUGCGUGCGGGAGCUGGCGCUGUCGUCACGCCUCUUCGACCUCCUGCUGGGGGAGCAGCGCGACGACGGCACAACCUGCACCCGCAGCCCGGGCCUGCUGGACCACUUCAAGGUUGACGUUGAUGAGCUGACGGAGGCGGUGGCUCAGGACUGCGAGCAGCGCGGCCUGCACGAGGACGCCGUGCGACUCUACGACCUGGCCAAGAAACACGAGAAGGUGAUAAGCCUGCUGUGCAAACUGCUGUCCCAGGUGGUACAUCUGAACCAACCCACAACCACGACGACCCCCACCAUCCCGCCGACAGCUGGUUCUGGUAGCGACCGUGAGCGCAUCCUGGAGCUGGCUUGCACCAUCGGGCUCAGGUACCGAUCCCAGGGACACACAGCCUCGGUACAGUCGGCUGCAACGCUGCACCUGCUGCUGGACCUCUCCACGGUCUUCGACCUCUACCAUGCGCAGCGCUACCAUGACGCCCUCGAGGUAGUGCGGCGGCUGCAGCUGAUCGCCCUGGACCCGGAUGAGGUGGAGGCGAGAGUGGCAGGUCUGGCCGCUGUCUCCGCCGACGUAAAGACUGUCAUCCCGCCGCUGCUGUUGGCCGCCAUCACCGCCACCCACCACCUAUACUCAACCACCACCUCCGGCGCUUCCUCCACGCAGCACCUCCGACGCCAGGCGCGAGCCGUGGUGACCUUCGCUGGGCUAAUACCUCUGCGUCUACACGCCCACAUCAACGCCCGCCUCGUGCAGCUCGAGGCCCUCAUCAACUGACCUCACCAUCAUCAAGUGACCCUGACCUUCAUCAAUGCCCUCGUCAACUAACCACCAUUGAGGUUAUCGUCGACGCACCAGUGGCAGGACCCGGCCUUGCCUGAGUCUCGAUUUCCAAAGACGGAAUUUCCAUCUACGGAAGAGAGAUUGGUGCACGAUCUCCCCCUUCACCAGUGCAUUGACCUUCGAAACUAACCUUUUUAUUCUGCGCCAAAUAUAAGAGAAUAAGAGUAUAAAUGUGUUCAGAGUUAUUUGUUAGUGCCCUAGCGUGCGCGGUGCGGGCCGUUUCCCUCCUCCUGCUUUGCAGUUGUUUCAGUUCGUUGACGACUGAAGCUCACGACGUCCGAACUCUUGGGUUCUUAUGACAUUUUUUAUGACAUUAGUGGGGUCAUUCAUCUUAAGCAUAAAGCAUUUGGUUUAAAUCUCAAGCAUUGGUAUUUUUGUCACACAUUCGUUGAAUGGAAGGUAAAUAAAUUAAUUUUAUAC